UUCCGUAGCCACUUUCAUAGUACUGUGGGCUUGGUGUUUUCAGGAAUUCACGCGUCAUAGGAUCUUUUGUAUAGGAUGACACCACUUGUUAUCUAGAGUUAUACGAUCAGGACGUCAAUAUGGAAGUCGUUUCCUGCUGCAGGAACGCUGCAACCUCUCUUGGCCAAGGCCCGAUCCUCGUCGUUCCCUCCCUGUUUAGCAACUCUAAACCGAACUAGGUCGCUCGAUCCAUCCUUCUAUCCUAAUUGCUUCCGUCCAACCAAUCCGAAUCGUAGUACCAACAAGGCUGCUUCCCGGUCUAGAUGGUGUUUCCCGCGGUUCCGCAGGAAUGGAACCUAUGACGUCGAUCCCAAAAUGGACAAACAAAAACAAGUAAUCUAUUUCAUCGCUCCCCUCUCCCUCCUCCCAUAAGAGUGCUAUGUCAUCCCUCUCGCCGCCCCUAGACUCGGCAUCAGCGACCAAUAUUGUUCUCACAACUGACCACUCGCAUUCAUCGACCACGACCAACUCUACCGUCUGUUCCCCUUGCCCCUCCCCUCCUCCAGCUCCCAUCUCAACGAUGCAGACAAUUCAUCCAUUCCUCCUUGAACAACACAUUCGAUACUCUCAAGAGCUAGCAGAGUAUUCAUCCCGUCAACUGGUCGUCGCUCAACAAGAACAUGCCAUUGCCGAAGCGAGACGUCGUCAGGCCCAGGCUGGGGCACAGGCCCAAAAUCAGUCCAGGGAACAAUCGAGGACGCCUCCUUCUCGUCAACGUCAGCGUUGGAAUGGCGGUGGAAGUAAUAUGGGCGGAGAAGGGGUCGUGGGCAGGGUUGGAAGGGCCAUCGUCAGAGCUGUUGACUUUUCUGGAGGUCAUGGGAACGGCCAUAGGGAGAGGUCAUCGAAUAACGAUCCUGCAGACAACUCGAGGCCAUAAUUGACCAUAGUGCAGAGAUAAAGUU